AUGUUGUUGUAUCUUUUAGUAUUUAUAUACUCUUCGUAUUCACAAGACAUAAAGUGUAAUCCGGGUUGUCCAUACAGCAACUGUUUAACAAAUUACACUUGUAAGACUUCUUGUGGUCCAAAUUAUGAUAACGACAACACGUGUGACCAUUGUAAAUUUACGGACCCUUACAAUGAAAACAUCCCAAUAUACUUUCCAGACAAAUUAGAGUUGGUGUGUAAAGAGUUCAACCACCUCCACAAAAGAGCAGGCUCGACUUUUUUACCAGAAGACUCUUCUUUUCUAAUCAUUGAAUUAAACAAAGAGAUCACUUUUCGACUCGAUGAAGAUACAAGUGACAUCGACAACUCAUUUUGUUACUACAGACAGAAAUUCCGAGUGGGUCAAUGGCUCAAGAUGAACAUGAGUCAAGUGACUCACGACCACUUAGUUAUUACUAUUAAAAAGACUUUCAACGAGUCUGCAGAGUUCUAUUUAGAUGGGACAAAAAGUCAAUAUGACACUUUAAUGCCAACGUGCGAUGUCCACACGACUUUAGGGUUCUCCGAGUACUCUUCUGUAUUAAAAUUUCCAGUGUUAAAUCCGUACAAAAACACUGAGAAAGAUGGAGAUUCCUUUGAAUAUUAUUUCUUUGCCAAUUUAAGAGGACUCAGCCCAGUGACUAUGACUUUGAUAUUCACAGAGGAACAAGGCAAGAAUUGGGAACCCUACUUGCGUCUCAAUCAAACAUUCUCUGAUACUCUUUUAAACAGUUUGGGUACUUCAGUUGACUUUGUGAUACCUUUUGAGUCGACUGGUAUUUUCACGUACCCUGCUUGCAUGCGGAACAAAUACUCGAAGAUAGUCUUAUUCACAGUGGAGUACCAAGGGUCUUAUUCUCUGUUGUUAAAUGGGAAGAGUGGAAAUCGAGUGAAUUACCUUUCAGAAUAUGUGGAGACAAAUGACUCUGUUUCUGGACAGACUAAUAAUUGUGUGCAUUUGUGGAGUGGCGAGAACUAUGGAAUCAACUCUGAAAUAUCUAACUACGGAUUUCUUGCGAAGAUCAAUGGGACUGUUUCUGGUGUACGUCGCUUUGUGAUCAUCUCAGAAGACUAUCGAGCGGAAAUCACUUUAAAAGUGUCUGCGAUAUGUCCCGACAACUGUAAUGCUGAGAAGGGGUAUGGCUAUUGUGUGACUUCAAGUGGUAGAUGUGAAUGUGCUGAUGGAUAUGGAGGGGAUAGUUGUAUCCCAAAGUGUUACUACAACAAUCAGUGGACCACCUCUGAUAAUGCAGAUUUGUGUUAUUGGGGCGCUCCCAAUUGUGAUCAGUACUGCAAAUGUACAGGUGGCAAAACUGUUAAAAAUCACAUGUGUCUGUCUAGUCAGUGUAGUGCCGGUAAAGUGGGAGAUACCGAUGAGUGUAAAGGAAAUACAGAAGGCUGUUUUGAGAGUUGCACUUGUAUGAAAUACAUUGGGUUCUACCCAACUACCAAUCAGAUGUGUAAACAUGAGUUAUGUGGCAAUGGUAUCAAAGAUACAUAUUAUGAUAAUAAGCACAAUAUUAUACGCACAGAAGACUGCGACAAUGGAACAUACUGCGACUCCUUUUGUAGAUGUUAUGAAGGGUAUAUCCCAGACCCAAAUGAUAACACUUCGUGUAUUAAAAAGUCAUUAAGUGGAGGCGCUAUUGCGGGAAUUGCUAUUUCUGGAACAACUGUUGUUGUUAUCUUAUUAGUGAUAAUGGUAAUUAUAGUAAUAGCAUCGACUCGAUAUAAAAAGGUCGAUAUCAAUAUAUUCAAAACACAACAACCGCAAUACCACUACUAUAUUGGUGGUGCUCGAAAAAUGAAUGGCGAUAAAAAGAAUGGAUUUGUUAUUGAUCCAAUUAAUCUGGAUUUUGGAAAUGCCACGAAUGCAACAGCUAUUUAUGACACAAGAUAUCAAAAAAUCGAAGUCACGAAUUACAGUCGAAACAAAUAUUUAAUGAUCAUAUUCCACACCCCCAAUAGUCCAAAAUUCAUAUUCCAUUUCGACCCACAAGUCCUCUACAUCCCACCAUCCUUCAAUGGAAAAAACAUGAAAAUCAUGACUUGCUACUUUACACUCUUUUGCACGACGAAAGUGCGUAACAUGAAAAUCCCAUACACUGUGUGGAUGUCGAAGAACCGUAACACAUUAGUACAAAUUAGUGAAUUACUCCACAACAAAACGUUUGAAGGGUGGAUUGAAGAAGACCAAAAACGGAUUGAGCACCUUUGCAGAAAUGUCCAGAGGAGGUACUACAACACGAUCACGAUUGAAACUGAUGCGACGUCAUCCACAUAUAUAGAUAUGGAUGAACUCAAUAUGAACGAGACUCCGAUAGCUGAGGGAGCGAUGGGGAAAGUGUUUAUAGGCAACUACAGAAGUGUCCCCGUUGCCAUCAAGCAGUUCAAGUGGGAGAAUUUGUCAGACGAUGAGAUGAAAGAAUUGAAGAAUUCUGUGAUAGCGGAGUGUGAGAUGAUGAGUAAACUACGCAAUCCGUUCAUAGCGAAUUACAUGGGGUCAGUGACUUAUCUCCCACAAGUCUCAAUGGUCAUUCAAUUCUUUGUGUUGGGCGCAUUGGGGGAGUACUUACGUGAUACCAAAGAGGACUUUCUACGUCUUCCAUACAAACUGAAAGUGCGGAUGUUGUUUGAUACGGCACGUGGCAUGGAGUUUCUUCACGAGAACAAGAUCAUGCACUUGGACUUAAAACCAGACAAUUUGUUGGUCAACUCACUUGACUUCAACAGUGCCUGUACUAUCAAAAUCACCGAUUUUGGGACAUCGCGAUUUACGAAGAAAUCAAUUAAUAACAGCGACGACAAAGGACUCGGAACACCUAUAUACGCAGCACCUGAGACUUUUCAAGAUGUCUACACUAACGCGGGUGAUGUCUACUCAUUCGCUAUAACUGCGUGGGAACUCUUUUACCAAGAAGAACCUUAUAUGCACUUCAAGUCAAUUUUUGAGAUCAAAAAAUCAGUGCAAGAAGGGAAGCGCCUUGAAAUUGAUCAAAAAAUGCCCGUCUUAUAUAGAAAACUUGUAGAACAGUGUUGGAAACAAAACGGGUGUGAAAGACCCACUUUUGAUUUGAUUACAAAGUCGCUUGUAAAAAUAGACGAGGAUGUGAUGUAUCGACAAGACUUGGACGAAAGGGUUGAGCUGUAUAAAUUAAGUGACACAAUUACUCAGAGGAACGCUAAACUCCACAAAAUACUCGAAGAAAUGUCCAGAGAUUAA